CCAAUAGAGGGAUUGUUUCAAGCGUAUGUACUCACUCCUGCACAGGUAAAGAGUUGCUAUUUUAUUGUGGUGCUGCAAACUCUUCUAAGAACUGGACCCCAGUCAAUGAUUGUGUUUACACACACAUGCAGGUCUUGCCAUGUAUACUCAGAGUUGCUGCAAAGGCACGAUAUACACUGUGUGUCUCUUCACUCAUUGCUCACGCAAGCACAGAGGCUUUCAUCUCUUUCAAAGUUUAAAUCUGGACAAGUGAAUGUUCUUGUUGCAACAGAUGUUGCCAGCCGGUAAGAAGUUCAUUAAGCACUUACACAAUAAUAUGUUUCUGUUUGAAAAUAUAUUUUUUUAUGUGUGGACCUCUAUACAUCUGUAUUCACAAUAUAUGGGUAAUGUAAGCUAGUUAAUCCUUAACGCUGGAAAGACGUAGGUUUGAAUGGUAGU